AUGGCUUCUUCACUUUCUCGCGUCGUUGGCCGUGUGCCAAUGACGCUAGGUCGUCGUCAAUCGCUAUUCAAAGCCUCCGCUUCCUGCUCGCGGCAUAUGAGCUCAACCCCCUCUCGACGAGCUGCCGAACCUCAACCCUACCAAGCCACCAGACUCAUUCCGACAGAUCCCUCUUUCGCUCAUCUUGUGAACAAAGCAGGCCCUCAACCCAACGAAGAGGCUGCUGCCUUAGAGUCGACCACCGACACCGGCAAUCGCAAGAUCCGACACUAUACCGUCAACUUCGGUCCCCAACAUCCAGCUGCGCACGGUGUGUUACGUUUGAUUCUCGAGCUCAAUGGUGAAGAGAUUGUUCGCGCCGAUCCUCAUGUCGGUCUUUUGCACCGUGGAACGGAGAAAUUGAUUGAAUACAAGACAUAUAUGCAAGCUUUGCCGUACUUUGACCGUUUAGAUUACGUUUCGAUGAUGACCAAUGAGCAAUGUUUCUCGUUGGCCGUUGAGAAGCUACUCAACAUUGACAUCCCUGAGCGCGCCAAAUGGAUCCGAACACUGUUCGGAGAGAUUACCCGUGUCUUGAACCAUCUUAUGUCUGUCUUGUCCCACGCCAUGGACGUCGGUGCUCUUACGCCUUUCUUGUGGGGUUUCGAAGAACGUGAAAAGCUUAUGGAAUUCUACGAGCGUGUCUCUGGUGCUCGAUUGCACGCCGCCUACGUCCGACCCGGUGGUGUCUCUCAGGAUCUUCCCCUCGGCUUGCUCGACGAUAUCUACCAAUGGGCCACUCAAUUCGGUGACCGCAUCGACGAAACCGAAGAACUUUUGACUGACAACCGUAUCUGGAAGGCAAGAACACAAGGUGUUGGUGUCGUCAGCGCCGCAGAUGCCCUCAACAUGAGCUUCACUGGUGUCAUGCUUCGUGGUUCCGGUGUACCCUGGGAUGUUCGCAAGUCGCAACCAUACGAUGCCUACGAUCAGGUUGAAUUCGAUGUUCCCGUCGGUAUGAACGGUGACUGCUAUGACCGAUAUCUCUGCCGUAUGGAGGAAUUCCGUCAAUCCCUCCGUAUCAUUCAUCAGUGCUUGAACAAGAUGCCCGCUGGUCCCGUCAAGGUUGAGGAUUACAAGAUCAGCCCGCCUCCUAGGGCCGCCAUGAAGGAGAACAUGGAGGCUUUGAUUCACCAUUUCUUACUCUUCACCAAGGGUUACACAGUUCCUCCUGGUGAGACAUACUCCGCCAUCGAGGCCCCCAAGGGUGAAAUGGGUGUCUUCGUUGUCAGUGACGGUAGCGAACGCCCCUACCGCUGCAAGAUCCGCGCCCCUGGAUUUGCCCAUCUCGGCGGUUUCGAUCAGGUAGCACGCGGUCACUUGCUUGCCGACGCUGUCGCUAUCAUUGGUACCAUGGAUUUGGUGUUCGGUGAAGUCGACCGAUAG